AUGGACGUCGAGGACCUCCAGAUCCAAAACUCAACAUUUGAUGGCAACACAUCAGACAUUCAGCCUGUCCCACACAACCUAUGGGAGGUCAUCACCAUAGCGACCGUAUCGGCCAUCGUCAGCCUGAUAACAGUCGUAGGCAAUGUUCUGGUGAUGCUGUCGUUCAAGGUCAACAGUCAACUAAAGACAGUCAACAACUACUACCUUCUCAGCUUAGCCUUCGCUGACCUCAUAAUAGGAGCCGUGUCCAUGAACUUAUACACCUCAUACAUCCUAAUGGGCUAUUGGUCCUUAGGGAACCUAGCCUGUGACCUCUGGUUAGCCCUGGAUUACGUGGCCAGCAAUGCCUCCGUUAUGAACUUGUUAGUCAUCAGUUUCGACAGAUAUUUCUCCAUCACAAGGCCGCUGACCUAUAGGGCCAAGAGGACACCAAAGAGAGCAGCUAUUAUGAUUGGCUUAGCGUGGUUGGUCUCAUUUGUCCUCUGGGUGCCGCCGAUCCUGUGCUGGCAGUACUUUGCGGGCGAGAGGACAGUUCCGGCGGACCAGUGCCAGAUCCAGUUCUUCUCUGAGCCGGUGAUCACGUUCGGCACGGCCAUCGCUGCGUUCUACAUCCCCGUCUCCAUCAUGACCCUCCUCUACAGUAGGAUCUACAAGGAGACAGAGAAACGCACCAAGGACCUGGCUGAGCUGCAGGGCCUCACCACAUCUGAUCACCCAGAGACUGCUAAUAAACCCCAGAAAACGGUUCUGUUACAGUCCUGUUUCGGCUCAAGCAACGACAGGAGGGACAGGAGGAACCAGGCCUCGUGGUCGUCGUCCAACCAGAGCAACGUCACCAAGACCACAACUCGGUCGGAUGAGCUGGCCUGGGCCCGAGCCGACCAGAUCACCUCCUUCAACAGCUACACCUCGUCCGAGGAGACUCACCAUUCCGUUUCCGCGGCAACCUCUCAGGGGUCAUCCAAAGGUAAAGUUCAAAGUCAGACAGAGAACGGACAGACGGCCGCCGAUUACGGUGAUAACGAAGAAGGCAAGUAUUUCCCGACCGCCACCCCACCGCCGAAAAAACCCAGCAAGAAGGGAAUCUCCUACAAGUUCAAAUUGAUCUCGAAGGAUACCAGCAGCCCUCCUCAGAAUGACAAAACUACCAACAACACAGACCCCAAAACAGCUCCUCCAUGUCCCUCUGAGUCUGACCUUAUAGGUCAGAACCACCACCAGAACUCCUCUCCAUCCUCCUCCACCACCACCACCACCCCCACCCCCAAGCCCAUGGACCCCUCCCUGAAGAGCCAGAUCACCAAGAGGAAGAGGAUGGUCCUCAUCAAGGAGAAGAAGGCUGCCCAGACCCUCAGUGCCAUCCUCCUGGCCUUCAUCCUAACAUGGACGCCGUACAACAUCAUGGUGCUCAUCUCCACCUUCUGUUCUGACUGUAUCCCUGUGUCCCUCUGGCACCUGGGCUACUGGCUCUGUUAUGUCAACAGCACCAUCAACCCCAUGUGUUAUGCAUUGUGUAAUAAGACAUUUCAGAAGACCUUUAAGAUGCUGUUGAUGUGUCAGUGGAGGAAGAAGAGAGGGGAGGAUAAGCUGUACUGGUGCGGACAGAACCCGGCCAUCAACAGCAAGAUGACAUGA